GAUCUAUAGUGAGUCAGAUGAGUUGUGCUGACUGACACACAAACGACAUGGAACCACAAACACACACAUAUUAACACACAAAGACUCACAUCUUAACACUGAGACAAACUUACAUCACAUCUGCAGCUGAGCACACUCAAUAGAUUACAGGACAGAUAUGAGUUCAUUCAUACCAGUGUACUACAUUAAACAUCUCUCACAGUUACCAUCCAAAAGACCCUAAAACUCUCAGUUGAAGUGUUUGAGAGAAAGACAGAAAGCAGAAGUAAGAUAUUUUCUCCGUUCACACCGUUUCCUCUCACAGUUACACAGCGGAAGACACGACUUCCUCAAAAAGACACGACAAACACUUCAGAAACAUCUCAGAGUGCAGAACGGAGGACGCACGAUGGAGGCGUUCAGCUCGAAGGACAUGGCCAUGAAGGCCCAGAAGAAGAUCCUGAGUCACAUGGCCAGUAAGUCCACGGUUCACAUGUUCAUCGACGACAACAGCAGUGACGUUCUGGACGAGCUAUACCGUGUCUCGAAAGAGCACACAGGAAACCGCACCGAGGCACAGAAGGUGGUGAAGAACAUGAUAAAAAUUGCUGUGAAGGUUGGAGUUCUUUUCCGACAUGAGAAGUUCAGUACAGAAGAGCUGAGUCUCGCACAAGACUUCAGGAAAAAACUCCAUCAUGGAGCCAUGACGGCCAUCAGCUUCCAGGAGGUGGAGUUCACGUUUGAUAAGACUGUUAUGAUGGAGCUGCUGUCAGAAUGUCGUGAUUUACUGCUGAAGUUGGUUGAGAAGCACCUCACGGCGAAGUCUCUGGAUCGCAUCAGACAUGUGUUUAAUCAUUACUCUGACCCUGAGCUCCUCACACACCUGUACGAGCCGCAGGGGACGCUGUGGCCGAAUCUCACCAAGAUCUGCAGCGGACUCAACCGCAUGAUAGAGGAGGGCAAACUCUGAACUCACAACAUGGAGACAGAACAGAGCAGUCGAAGAUGAAAUUUUAUUCAGUGGGUUUUCAUUUCGCCGGACAAAGACAAAAAAAAUCAACCCACUCACUGAAGAAAAAAACUUUACUCUUGUCUUGGUGGAAUAGAAAUAGGAAUACAUUGUUUUUAUUCAGUUUUUUUGUUUGCAACAAAUAUUCAUUUUUGGUAUAAAAAGGCUAGAAAAGACUGAUGUGAGAUGUUUAUGCCUGCAGCCUGAAUUCAGUCCUGAUGUAAUCAAGAGAUGGACUGAUACAACACGACACCAAACCAAAGACAACUUAUGCAACACUGGACUUUUUUGUACAGUUGUAUUUACCAGUAAAUGCCAAGAAAAUAAUUUGUUUCCUUUUCACUUUUCUAUUUCAUUAUAUUUUAUAUAAUAUAAUGAAUAUAUAACAGUAGUAUUAUUACAUUUAAAGUUAUUAUUAAAGUUAAAAACAGUAUUAAAGUAUAAGCAUUGUUUCACAGUAUUUCAAAUAUUACUUGAGUCUUUUUUAGUGGAAGAAGGCUCUUUUAAAACUUUCUCAGCUCUCAUUUCUUCAGAGAUGAUCCUUACUGUUUUCACACAGGUUUCCCAAACAUUCCCGCAAUCUAUCAUUGGUCAAGCAAACUGAUAGUUCCGCCCCUAAACUCAUGCCAUUGGUUGAGUCAAUGUUGCUGUAUCAGGUUGGUCAGGAUUAGGGCUGGAUAUAAAUAUAGAUUUUUUUGAUUAAUCGCUAACUUUAUUUGAACAAUCCUGAUAUCAAUUCUCAAAAUCACAAGAUCAAUCUUGGUCGAUCAUGAUUUCUGAAUGUUUUCUAAAUUGUUAUCUUUCUUGAACUGUUUUUAUUUGUUCUAUUGCUUGUAAUUCUUUUUUUUAUUCUCACUUUAUAAAUGAAAGUUUGUCUUGAAUAAUUGCGUAAAAACUUGAAACAAUGUUUACUAAAAUUAGUUAGUAUUUUGUUGUCGUAUCGAAAUUGGUAUUGAGAAUCAUCAAAUUGCUUUUAUAUGUAAGCAAAAUGGUCAUUAUAACUGAAAUACACCCAAAUUAAUCGGAAUCGAGAUUAAAUCUGAACUGUAUUGAAUCUGGAAAUUUGUAUCGAUACCCAGCCCUAGUCGGGAUGCUUUUUUUAAAGCGCCGUAGAAUCACUGUGUUUUUAAUGGCAUAAUGUUGAUUACCACAAAAAUAAA